ACGUGGUACAAGAAACCUUUAUUUAUGGAGCACGAUGUGCGAUAUUUUCUUAUUAUAUAUUUAAUUUAAUGGGAAUGGUAAAUGUUUGGUAUUUAUAUACAUUUAAAAUCAUAACUAUAACCAUAACAUCUACAGGUCACGUGAUGGGGUCCAUGUCGCAGACAAGUUACGUCACGUUGCAGGGAGAAGAUGGCGGACUCGGAGAUGUAUGUGAGGAGCAGCCGAGAGUUAUGGACUAUCUUACUGGGGAGAUCUGCAUUGAGGGAACCGGCUCAAAUAGAGGAAGAACUAGAUCGAAAUUGGGAACGAUUACUUCAAGGGCUGUGUUACUACAAAACACCCAGUUCAUCAGCGGCGGAAAAACUGAAAGCGGACAAAGGUGUGGCCCAACCAUUGAAGGAUUUUGGUCUGAGGAUCAGUAAACUGUUGGGUCUGGAUCAACAGCAGAGUGUACAGAUUUUACAAUGUUACCUUCAAGAAGAUUACAGAGGGACCCGCAACACACUGAAGGAUGUUCUGCAGGAUGAGAGACCGAGCCAAGCCCUACUUCUGAAGAUCGCUGACUAUUACUACGAGGAGCGUGUGUGUCAUCUGCGAUGCGUCCUCCUCCUGCUGACGUACUUUCAGGAUGAGCGACACCCUUACAGGGUGGAGUACUCCAACUGUGUGAACAAGCUGGAAAAGGACCUGGUCAACAACUACCAGAAGCAGUUUGAGACCCUGUUCAAAGCUGAAUCCCCGACAUGGGAGACGCAUGGCAACCUCAUGACGGAGAGGCAGGUGUCCCGCUGGUUCCUGCAGUGUCUGAGGGAGCAGUCCCUGCUGCUGGAGAUCCUGUUCCUGUACUAUGCCUACUUUGAGAUGGGUCCCGGAGACCUGCUCAGCUUCACCAAGAUGUUCAAGGAGCAGGGCUUCGGCCUUCGCCAGACCAACAGACACCUGGUAGACAAGAGCAUGGAUGCCCUGGUUGACCGCAUCGGGUACUUCAGCUGUCUGAUCCUAGUGGAAGGCAUGGACAUAGACUUCCUCCACAAGUGUGCCCUAGAGGACCGCACGGAGCAGCACCAGUUCUCCAACACCCCUGCCAUCAGCAGGGAGAUGGACCAGAUGCUGCUGACUUUUGGUGACAUCCCUCACCACGGGCCAGUGCUGCUGGCCUGGGUCCUGCUGAGACACACCCUGAGCCCAGAUGAGUCCAGCCCCGUCAUCAGACGCAUCGGGAACACCUCCCUACAACUGGGGGUGUUUCAGUACCUCACCACCAUGCUGCAGGGUCUGGGAGGCACUGGGAAUAAUUGCACAGCCAGUACAGCCAGGAUGUGUAUCUACGGCCUCCUCUCCUUUGUCAUUACCUCCUUUGAAGAGGAGACGCUGGGCAGCCAACAGCAUCUAAUAAAUGCAGCGUGUGAAGUCCUCUCUGCGCCCAGUCUGGCUGAGCUCUUCUGGGAAACGAAGCCCACUAUGGGAUUGGGAAUGAUCCUGGAUAGCGCAAUGGGAAUGUUCCCACACAAGACUGGUAUGCUGUUGCAGCUCCUUACUGCGCUCCUGUCAGAUAAGUCCACUGCAAAGAAGGUGUACAUUUUCCUGGACAAGAUGUCGUUCUACACCGAGGUCUACAAAACAAAGCCCAAUGACGUCAUCUCUAGAGACGACGAGACACUGUGGAGGAGACAAGCACCAAAACUCCUCUACCCUCUCGGCCUGGGCCAGACUAACCUGCGGAUGCCUCAGGGUGUGCUCGGUCAGGUGGCUGUGGGGGAGCAGGGCUACGUGGUGCGCUGGGACUACUCCUACAGUGCCUGGAUCCUGUUCACCUGUGAGAUAGAGAUGCUGCUCCACGUUGUCUCUACUGCAGAUGUGAUCUUGCACUGUGAGCGUGUGAAGCCCAUCCUGGACCUGGUCCAUAAGAUGAUCAGCACAGACUGGACCGUGUCUGACUGUCUGCUGCCCCUCACCUCACGCAUCUACAUGUUACUGCAGAGGUUGACGUCAGUCAUCAACCCUCCAGUGGAUGUGAUAGCGUCCUGUGCAAACUGCCUCAUCGUCCUGGCUGCUAGGAUGCCUGGCAAGGUUUGGUCCAGCUUGCACCACACUGGUUUUCUGCCCUUCGCCUCCUCCCCUCUGACCAAUAUGGCACAGUCCAUCAGUGCUGAGGGGAUGAAGGCAGGUAACUACGGCAACCUGCUGGUCCUGAUUGAGCAGCCCAGAGGGGAGUACGCUGUGACCAUCGCCUUCCUGCGCCUCGUCACCACCCUGGUCAAGGGCCAGCUGGGCAGCACCCAGGACAAGGGCCUCAUCCCCUGUGUGCUGCUGGUGCUGAAGGAGAUGCUGCCCACCUACCACAAGUGGCGCUACAACACCCACGGAGUCAGAGAGAGGAUUGGUUGUCUGAUCCUGGAGUUGGUCCAUGCCAUCCUGAACCUCAGUCCAGAGGGAGAGGCUAGUGGCAGCACGCCAACCCUCCAGUCUCUGUGUAUCUACAGUCUGGCUAACACCGAGGCUGGCCAGGCGGUGGUUAAUAUCAUGGGGGUGGGAGUGGACACCAUAGACGUGGUCCUGGCUGCUCAGCCCAGCAGUGGUGGCUCGGAGGGCCCAGGUCAAAUCCUUAUCCAGACGGUCAAGCUGGCCUUCUCCGUCACCAACAACGUGAUCCGCCUCAAGCCACCGUCGAGUGCCGUUUCGCCCCUGGAGCAGGCGCUGACGCAGCACGGUGGCCACGGCAGCAACCUAAUUGCCGUGCUUGCCAAGUACAUCUACCACAAACACGACCCGGCCCUACCGCGCCUCGCCAUCCAGCUGCUCAAGAGGCUCGCCACGGUGGCUCCGAUGUCUGUGUACGCCUGCCUGGGCGGUGACGCGGCUGCCAUCAGGGAUGCCUUUCUGACUCGGCUACAGAGCAGGACGGAGGACAUGAGGAUCAAGGUGAUGAUCCUGGAGUUCCUCACCGUGGCUGUGGAGACCCAGCCAGGCCUCAUCGAGCUCUUCCUCAACCUGGAGGUCAAGGACGGCGCAGAGGGGUCAAAGGAGUUUUUGCUGGGUGAGUGGAGCUGUCUGCAGGUUGUGUUGGACCUGAUUGACUCCAGGCAGCAGGGGAAGUAUUGGUGUCCCCCCCUGCUGCACCGCGCCGCCCUGGCCUUCCUCCACGCCCUGUGGCAGGACCGACGGGAUAGCGCAAUCUCUGUCCUACGCACCAAAGAGAGGUUUUGGGAAAACCUGACCACGCCUUUGUUUGGAACCCUACCCGCCCCCUCAGACAUCACUGAGCCUUGUGUUCUGGAGACCUGUGCCUUCGUCAUGAAAAUCAUCGGCCUUGAGAUCUACUAUGUAGUCAGUGGCUCUCUGGAGCGUUCUCUGAAGGAUGCACUGCAGAAGUUCUCCAGCGGGCGGCGCUACGAGUACUGGUCCCAGUAUGUUAAGUCCCUGGUGGUCCACGUGGCAGAGACGGAGGAGGAAGAGGGCGUGCACUCGUUCUCCGAGACCCAGAUGGUCAUCUCAGCCUGGCGGAUGCUGCUCAUCCUCUCCACCAGUCAUUCGGAUGUGAUGCAGUUAAAGGAGGACUCUGCCAGACUUAAGCUCUUCAUGGACGUGCUGGAUGGGACCAAAGCUGCUUUGCUGGUGCCCAUGUCUGUGCCCUGUCUACGUCUGGGAUCCAUGAUGGCUACUCUUCUGCUGAUCCUGCUUAAACAGUGGAGAAGUGUGGUGGCCACGGCCCCUGAUGUACUGGCCCCCCUUUCUCUGAUCCUGGAGAGUGUCCUGCAGGCCGACCAGCAGCUGAUGGAGAGUACCAAGGCCAAGGUGUUCUCUGCCCUCAUCUCUGCACUUCAGAUACAGGGACUCAAUGGUGGGGAGAUCUCCCAACUGCCCCAGCUGCUGCUGUGUGUGUGUGAGACGGUGCAGGACGAGGCGCUGGCACUGAUUGACAGCACUCGUCACGCGGCUCAGGUGAGGGACAUCCCGGAUGACAAAGACAGCAUGGAGACUGACGCCGUCCGCAGCUUCCAGAAGGACCAGAGAGACGGGGUGUGUGUGCUGGCCUUACACCUGGCCAAGGAGCUGUGUCGUGCCGACGAGGACGGGGAACACUGGGUUCUAGUGAUGAGGAAGAUUCCUGCUCUCCACUCUAUUCUCAGCGCUCUAGAACUCAGCCUGCGCUCCAAACAGAACCUCUACUUCACCGAGGCUGCCCUGCACCUGCUGCUCACGCUAGCCCGCACACCACAGGGUGCAGCAGCAGUAGCCGGGGCCGGCGUCAUCCAGAGUAUCUGUCUCCCUCUGCUCAGUGUCUACGAAGUGCCCUCUAACGGAGCCUCACAGAGUUUCUCCCGUAAGUCCCAGGAUGCUCCCUGCUGGCCGGGGGUGUACCGCCUCUCUAUGUCCCUCAUGGAGAUCUUGCUCAAGACGCUGCGCUACAACUUCAUCAACGAGGCCCUCGACUUUGUCGGAGUGCACCAGGAACGCAUACUGCAGUGCCUGAAUGCGGUGCGGACGGUCCAGAGUCUGGUGUGUCUGGAUGAGGCUGACCACACAGUGGGCUUCCUGCUGCAGCUGUCCAGCUUCUGUAAGGAGUGGCAGUUCCAUCUGCCCCAUCUGCUCCGAGAUGUACAGAUCAAUCUGUGUUACCUGUGCCAGACGUGCACCUACCUCCUCCAUAGCAGGAACAUGCUUCAUCACUACCUCCAGGCUAAGAAUGGGGAGGCGCUGCCCUCCGGCCCCCGUGCCCAGAGAGAUCCUCAGACCCCCUCCAAAGCUGCAGCCGAAGGAGGGGGCGGGGAGAGGGAGGAGGCGGAGCAGAAGGCCCUGCUGGCAGUGCAAUGCAGCCUGCUGAAGAUCCUCAGUAAGACUCUGGCCACGCUGCAGCACUUCACCCCUGACUGCUGUCAGAUAAUACUGGACCAGUGUAUGGACCUGGCAGAGUACAGGACCUUGUUUGUGCUGAGCUUCACCACCUCGGCCUUUGACGCUGACGUGGCGCCCUCUUUUGGAACCCUACUGGCAACCAUCAACGUGGCCCUAAGCAUGCUGGGAGAGGUAGAGAAGAAGGAGCCAGCCUCUCUGAGUGUGGCCUCCCUGGCCUCGUCAGAGGAAACCCAAGCCCUCAAGUCUCUGCUGAUGUUCACCAUGGAGAACUGUUUCUACGUGCUCAUCUCCCAGGCCGUCCGCUGUCUGAAGGACCCCAGCAUCGCCCCCAGAGACAAACAGAGACUCAAACAGGAGCUUGGCUCUGAACUGAGCACCCUCCUCUCCAGCCUGUCCCGUCACUUCCGCCGUGGCGCCCCCUCGUCCCCGGCCAGCAGCCUGCUGCCAUCUCCCCAGCCCCCAGGCGCUAAGGCCAGCCACGAGGGUCAGGAGCCUUUCAUCCAGCUGGUGCAGGCCUUCGUACGCCACAUACAGAGGUAGACCCACCACGUGGAGUGUACGACUAGGGCCAGGAUGUUUUCCUGUUAAGAAGUUAUGGGCCUGAAAAACUCUUGUCACACAUGGCUAUCGUAUUCACGGCACCGUAACCAUUCUCUUCUGAAUUAUACUUUUCACGGUGCAACAGUGUCGGUUCAUUCUUUUCAGUUGAAGUGAUAUUUGUCAAGCCAGUCACCUUUCGAAUCUGCUGUACAAAGUCCUGACGUGCCAGAUUCUAACAAUCGGGCUUUGGGUGUUCAGAAAAUGCUCCCAUACACAUGGGUCAUACCUCCAAUUUGUCAUGCUUAUAGCCUACUAUAUACCUCAGUGGGAAUGUCAAAACAGAGGAUACAGCUGCUUACAAGGGCUAGCUAAAAAAAAAAGUCCAUUGAGAGACUGUAGACAUUUACCUCUAAAGGAAUCAGUAGUAACAGAUCUUGGUGCUAUUGAACAUCUGUCUUGUUGACAGUGUCCAGUCUUUCCCCCGGCCUAGUUUUAUAGGCCAUUUCUGACAACAGACCUUUUGGUAUCGAAAAAUCAAACCCGUAUAUCAAAUUGUGACGCCACAUUUAAUCAAUUUAUACAUUUGUAAUGAGCUGCCUAGUUGCUGUUUUCUAUAUUAUUUAGACUUUUCUAACGCUUGGACUGAGGGAUGUUUUCUCCUUUUAAAAAUGUUGCUUGGAUUUUCUGACUUUUCAUUUGUGCAUCACGUACUGCUACAUUAAAACAUGUUUGCUAAUAAAAUACCUAGUAGAACAUGG